GUUGGGCUAGAAAUUGUUUCAAUUCAUGGUAGAUAUGUAUCUUUCCUGCGAUCCUGCCUACAACCAAUGCAUCUCUUAUACCUGCGCAAUUCGAAUAGUGUUCUAAGUCAUCAGGGCCGCGCUCGUGCUGGCAGAGGUAAGGUGGGGAUAUCGCAUCAUGACUACAGCUGCACGAGCUGGGACCUGCUGGGGGAUAGUCACGAGGAAAGGCGCAGACACUGGCCCGAAGCGUUGCACACGCAGGCAGGCAGCAGCUCUACGAGUAGGCGCGAGUCACCUUAGGCAUGUCGGAUGCGUUGAGUGGGUUAGUCAAACUCUACUGGAUCUCGUGCGUGAUCCUGCAAGAGCCCAGCACCAGUCUCAUGGCCAAGGUCGGCGUCCAGAGCACGACGUUGCGCAGUGAGAAACUUGGUGUUGGGCGGUUGUCGA